AUGAGCAAGCAAUGGGAGAAGGUGGCUGCUUUUGAGAGGUUUCAAAUGGAAUUCCAGCAAAAGGAGCUGGCUUUGCUGAAAUUCAAAAUCAACACACUUUCUAAUCGCAGGAGAUUUAUGAGCGGCUCUACUGCUGAUAUUGCAAAGCUAGCUCAAUUAGAUUUGGAGAUCAAAAUCUGCGGUAGUCAAAUAAGCCUGCUAGAGGGAUACUUUACAAAAGAUGCUGAAGCUGCAAAGGGCAUGAAACCACCAGCUGAAAAGCGAUAUGAUACAAACUGUGAUUUGGUGGCCAGCUCUGGUUCUCACGACCAGGCUCAACGAGGCAAUGAGGCAUGA